ACCUUUUACGCGUGAUGACGUCAUGUUGUGGACGCCAUUUUUCGCUCACUGUGCGUGCGCCAUUUUCUUGUCUAGUAAAAAUUGAUGAAUUUUGCGUCGAAAAUUACAGGUGCAGCAACCAAAAGUAUUUUUCAACCGAGCUUGGAAGCUGAACAGAUAAAACCAAGGGUCACAAGGAGGCGUUUUGAAAAGAGAUGGCGGAGCAGGACAAAGGAGAGGAUGUGGUGGAUGUGCUGACGGAUCUGAUGGCUCCAGUAGAUGAUGAAUUUGCUGAAGAAAUGGAUACAUCACCUGCUGAAAAGAAGCCCGCAGCCAAAGGACAGACUCCGCCCUCCGCUAAACGGACCACGCCCAAGUCCAGCAGAACAAGCAGUGCUAAAACUACCAAGACCAAAACAACAAAGACAUCAGCAACCAAGACAACGGCAAGCAAGGCCACACCCAAACCGUCCACCUCUAAAUCCACCUCGCAGACAUCAGGAGAUGCCAAUUCUGGGGGUGACACGGAAUCCCCCACGGUGGGGACCAAGACAACCCCAACUGCCCCCAAGACCAAGAAAGUUGUCAAGAAGGUGGCAUCAUCGGGAGAGGCCUCCUCAGUGACCAAGAGCAGCAAUGCCAAGGCGACUACCAAGAAAACACCCCAGAAGAGAAGCGGAAGUGGUAAACCGUCAACAAAGAAGACUGCCACGCCCGCUAAGGCAAAGGAAGAGGAUGAAGCUGGUAAAGGGGAGGAAGCUGCCCCAUCAGUCCAACAUGAGGAUGUGAGAGAGGACAAACAGGAUGAUCAAGACCCUGUGACCUCUCCUCCUCCACCCAAGAAGGCUAGACUGAAGACUUCAAGAAAAUCAGGCACACCCACCAAGAAGAAAGUUACUUCAGCUCCUGAAGAGAAGGCGGAGCCUGACCAUGCUGAUACAGAGGAUGCAGUCCACAAGGAGGAAAAUGUCAAGCAAACGGAAGACGGCAAUGAGGAACCGGAACCCAGCAUCCCGGGUCUGGGUUUUGAGGAAGCUGUCAAACCGGAAGACGCCAAGGAACCAGAGGAGACUAAGACAGAUCCCGUGACAGCGCAGGACCUGGAGGGCUUUGAUACGCGCAGUGAGGCCAGCAGCAGUGAUGAAAGUGAUUCCAGCUUGUCGGAUGUCAGCGCUGAGCAUUCUGGAGAGGACAAGCCCAGGAAGCAUAGGAGGCAUAAGCGUUCCAUCUCCCCUAUUGUAUAUGAAAGAUCUGGCAAGAAAGGCAGUGGUCAAGAAUCAGGAAAUGAGAAACAGGUUCCAGUGGAGUCAACAAGCAAAGUUCGUAAAGCAGACCCAACCUCCAAGCUCAAGUACCUGUUCAGAGACGCUCGCUACUUCCUGAUCAAGAGUAACAACCACGAGAAUGUGGCCUUGGCCAAGGCACGGGGAGUGUGGUCGACCCUGCCCAACAAUGAGCAGAUGCUGAAUCAGGCAUUCCGUGAAUCACGCAAUGUCCUGCUGGUUUUCUCCGUCAAGGAAAGUGGAAAAUUCCAAGGUUUUGCCCGCAUGAGGUCCGAGUCCAGACGCGAUGGCCCCAAUAUCAACUGGGUCCUGCCCAAUGGAAUGAGUCGUUCGGUGCUCGGCGGUGUCUUCAAAAUCGACUGGAUUACAAGGCAAGAGCUUGCUUUCAGCAAGACUGGGCAUCUCUUCAACAGUUGGAAUGACAACAAGCCAGUCAAGAUAGGCCGUGAUGGACAGGAGGUCGAGACACGUUGUGGUGAGGCUCUGUGUCGACUCUUCCCGCAAGACGAACACAUUGACGUGGUGGAGAUCCUACGGGACGCUCGACGCCGACGCCGCGAGAUGGCUACCCGCCGGAACCGCGAACCACUGAGUAGCAGACGACGUCGUGAGGGGUAUAUGGACAGUAGACCAAGCAGGGGCAGACCUAUGCCUAGAGAUCCCUAUUUCAUGGAAAGAAAGCGACCAAGGCCACACUACUCGGAGGUUCCAAGAGAUGUGGUGAUGAAUGGAUCCUACUCAGAUUACAUGCGAGAGUACAGUCGACAAGUCCCUCCAAUGCCCAUGCAGCAAUUCCAUCACCAGCCACCGAUGUACCCAGUGGACAAUUUCUCGCCUCACUACCCACCUCCGCCCCACCACCAUGGCCGCAUGCCUCCACCGGGCCCCAUGCCCCACCCGAGGGGCAGCAUGGGGGACUACCCGACCCCCCUCAUGCCCCCGUCAGCUCGCGGGGCGCGGGACAGGGAACGGGAACGGGACCGCGAGAGGGAACAGAUGAGGCAGAGGAUGCGAGAACGGGAACGGGAGAAGGAACGACUCAGGGAGAGAGAGAGGGAGCGUGAACGGGGGCGGGACCGGGACCGGGACAGGGGGCGUGACAGGGACAGGGUCAAGGUGCGGGACAGGAGAAUGGCUGAUAUGCCACGUUCUCAUGCCGCUGCUGUGGAUGAGUUCAUCCGACGGACAUCAGGCUCUGCCCGGCCAAGUCACUCUAGCCGUAGCCGCAGCGGACGGCACUGACCAACAGAGUGACCGUCAAGUCGUUACAAGGGCUCAGCCAACUGCCUAUCUUUUGGACGGUUCGUACUACAUGCAAAUGUGAAGUGAAACACUUGGAAUGUGAUCACAUUUUGCAUGCUUACAGCGCAAAAGCUUGCAAUGACCUCAAAAAGUUGCAUUCAUGUUUGCUUUCGUGCUGAGUAGGAACAAGAGUUGUAAUCGAGUCAGUCACAAGUCAUCACAAGUCAUCCAGUUUUUAGUCAACCACGGAUCGUACACACAAGGAUGAAUGAUUGUUCUGAGCUCUAGUACAAAAUGCACUGAACAGACUUUGCUUAUAAUUGGUUGGACGAGUGAUAACGGGCCUUAAUACCCAAUGGCAUGUUAAUUGCGACUGUUCCAGGUGUGCCAUUUUGUCGGUUUUUCGCAUGACAUCUCAAACGGAAAUAUUCAUAAAACUUUAAGCGAAACCACUCCUUAUAAUGUAAGAUACACUUGUUCCAAAAUUGUUAAAAAAUAAAAACUUCAAGAUAUAACAGAUGGCAUUGUGCAGUUUGUGUCGUCCUAGAUGAAGUACUUACCCGGGAAAUAAACAUCAAAUGUGACUCCUUUUUCGAGGAGAACACCGAAUACCCAAAUUUCGCUUUUUAUUAGGCUUUCAUCAACAACUUUUAGAGAGAUGUGGCCCCAACCCGAUAAACAAAUACGACAUUGAGCGCACCAGAUUGAGCGCAGAGCCCUGCAAAUAUGAAAGCCACCGCGCACAGUGAAGUGGUUAAGCUGUCUGGGUCUUUGUUGACAAGUAUUCUUGGUAAUUGCCACCUGUACGGGCCGUCACGCGUCUAACCAGGAGUUUGGCUGAGUCGUUAAUCCUUGUGUGUAGGAUCCGUGAGUCAACUCACAAGCUUUUUAAAUGAACUGUGACAAAUGCAUUGAUAAUCUCCUGUUACGUCUGACUUGACUCGUGGAUUGACUUAUGAAUUGACUUGCAGUGGACUUGUAAAUUGAUUCGAUUGCAACUCUGGUGUAAACCGACCUUUAGUGCUGUACUAAUAAUGUCCCAUGUUGUGUUUAAUACCGUAAAUUCCGAUAACUGUGAAUAUGGACAUGUACUCAAAGUUUAUGGGAUUCAGAGCCCAACACUGUGUUAAAUAUAUGGAACUUAAUACCAGAGGAUAAUUGUUUUUGUUUUUAUCCAGAUAAGAACUAUUUAGUUA